AUGACGGAUAGAGCUACUAGAUUAAUAUUGAUGGCGACAAACAAAAAUGGGGCCCCACCUAAACCAGUGAUUUUUAGUAAUGAAGUCAUCAAGUUUCCCUUAAACAUUGGAUGUGGUGUUGAGGAGCUCUUCAGCACAAUUACAACAGAGCGACAAGCUGAGGGGAAGAAGAAAGACUGUGAUGACAAUACACUUAAGAAAUUAAGUUUACCAGCGGCACCCAAGAAAGCGCAUCCCGAGUCUGGAGUAUCUAACGAUCAUUCCUGGUCCAGCCUAUCAAGUUCAAGAUCUCCCAAAAAGGGAAUGCUCCAGCACAAUACUACAGAUCCUUCGUUGAAAGUUCAGAGCUGGUUGCGAGGAGUAAAGCAAGCUACUGAGAAGCAAUACGGAUCGCUGCAGCACAGCACUCCUGCUAUUCCAGCCCUGCCAUCACAACUCAUUGAAACAGAACAAAGUGUCAAGGGCAGUUUUACUUCAGUCCCGCAUUGCGUUUGCCUGAAACUCAGGUUUUGGCCCAAGGAGAAGAGAGGUCUCUUGCUGGGGAACAUGAUGGGACGUCACAGACCAUUAUUCCCUCUGCUUCAGUACCAAAUGUUUCUCUACAUGACAAGAAUCCCACUGACUCAUCUGGGUUAGGAUUUCCUUUGGAAAGUCUUGCCAGAAGAUGAUGAUUCUAGCAAUUUUGACAUUGAUAGUCUGAAUGGUCUUUGUUCCCACAAUGUUCCUACUACCAAAUCCACAUAUGAUAAGAGUGUUAGGGGCAGAUUUAUUUAAGUACCAUUGCCUUUGCCAAAAACUCAGGUUUUGGCUCAAGGAAGAGAGGUCCAUUGCUGCUGCAGAACGAUGAUGGAACUUCACAGACCAUGCCCUCUGAUUCAGG